GUCUCCUGUGGCAGCUGCGUCCCAGCGACGUGGAAGUGGAGCUGCUGGCCCACACGAGGGACGUGGUCAGCCGGGAGCUGCCGGCCGAGACGGGGCUGCACACGGGCUGGGUGGAGAACGGGGGGCUCUUCAUCGCCUCCAACAGGCAGCGCCUCGACGAGUACAAGAGGCUCAUGUCGCUGGGGAAGGUGUAUGGUGUGGAGUCCUACGUCCUGACCCCAGCACAGACCAAAGACCUGUACCCACUGAUGAACAUCGACGACCUGUACGGCACGUUGUACGUCCCCAAGGAUGGCACCAUGGAUCCAGCUGGGACCUGCUCCACUCUUGCCAGAGCAGCAACUGCCAGGGGCGCUACGAUCAUUGAGAACUGCCCAGUCACUGGUAUCCAAGUCCGAGCUGAUGAUUUUGGGGUGAAGAGGGUGUACGCUGUGGAGACAGCCCACGGGACCAUCCGGACUCCCUGCGUGGUGAACUGUGCAGGCGUGUGGGCACGAGCCCUGGGCCGGCUGGCGGGGGUGCAGGUGCCACUGGUGGGCAUGCACCACGCCUACGUGGUGACCGAGCGCAUCGAGGGCAUCCAGAACAUGCCCAACGUGCGGGACCACGACGCCUCGGUGUAUCUCCGUCUGCAAGGCGAUGCCCUCUCCGUGGGGGGAUAUGAGUCAAACCCCAUCUUCUGGGAGGAGGUAUCUGAGAAAUUUGCUUUUGGCCUCUUUGAUCUGAACUGGGAUGUUUUCAUGCAACACAUCGAAGGUGCCAUCAACAGAGUACCAGUGCUGGAGAAAACGGGCAUUAAAUCCACGGUCUGUGGGCCAGAAUCCUUCACAGCUGACCACAAGCCACUCAUGGGGGAAGCCCCAGAGGUCCGAGGCUUCUUCCUGGGCUGUGGCUUCAACAGUGCUGGGAUGAUGCUGGGGGGUGGCUGUGGGAAGGAGCUGGCUCACUGGAUCAUCCACGGGAGGCCAGAGAAGGACAUGUAUGGCUACGACAUCAGGAGGUUCCACCACUCCCUCACGGACAACAACCGCUGGAUCCGGGAGAGGAGCCACGAGUCCUAUGCCAAGAACUACUCCGUGGUCUUCCCCCACGACGAGCCCCUGGCCGGGCGCAACGUGCGCAAGGACCCUCUGCACGAGGAGCUGCUGCGACAGGGCUGUGUUUUCCAGGAGAGGCAUGGCUGGGAGAGGCCUGGCUGGUUCAGCCCGGGGGGAGCAGCCCCG